GCGCACGACCGUCGACAGAUGAUGUGUGAAUAUUUGAAGUUUGACCAGAUGGAUGCUCGGCGCUCCACAAUCAAAAGGGAACAUGCAUCUACAUGCGCCUGGCUCUUGAAGCACCACAUCUACACCCAAUGGGAAGACACUGAGAGUCUGCAAUGUGAUCACGGACUUUUGUGGAUCAAGGGAAAGCCAGGGUCCGGGAAGUCAACUCUGAUGAAGUUCGCUCAUGCGAAAGCGGCCAGAGCGCCGCCGAACAGCAAGAUCGUCAUCUCGUUCUUCUUCAAUGCUCGAGGUGACGAACUGGAGAAGUCAACAAACGGGAUGUAUCGCGCAUUGCUCUCACAGCUGCUUGACAAAGCACCAGAUUUGCAACCGCUCCUCGACGAGUACACCUUGGUCAAUAUUACUUCCGCUAAUGCCAUCGAUUGGACAGAAGAGCAACUCUGCGAUCUCAUGCGUGAAGUGAUCAGCGGUCUCGAAGGUCGUCAGUGCAUGUGCUUCAUUGACGCACUCGACGAAUGUGACGAGCACCAGGUCCGAAAUAUGGUUGAGUUCUUCGAAGAGCUCGGACAAUCAGCUCUAGAGAACCAUGUCAAGCUGCGCAUAUGUUUUGCUAGUCGUCACUAUCCAACGAUUGACACAGCAGAUUGCCUCAAGUUAAUAGUCGAGAACGAGCAGGGCCAUGACGAUGACUUGACGAAGUACAUUCACAAACGUCUCCGAGCUGGGACGUCAAAGCACCUCGACAGCGUAAGAGCACGGUUGAAGCAGAAAGCAAACGGGGUGUUCAUGUGGGUGGUCCUGGUUGUUGACAUCCUGAACAAGGAGUUUGAGCGUGGUUACCUCCCCGCCGUGGAAAAACGACUAAAGGAGAUACCGGCAGGGUUGAGCGACUUGUUUCGAGAUAUGUUACAACGGGACAAUAAACAUCUGGACGAGUUCCGCUUAUGCCUUUCUUGGAUUCUGUUCGCACGCAGACCUCUCGGCAAAGAAGAGUUUUAUUUCGCUAUGGUCGCUGGCCUCGAUCCAGACAAGCUUGCGACACUGACACCUGACGACCUCGAGAGCGAGUUGAUGGAGAAAUACGUGCUCAGUUCCUCGAAGGGACUUGCUGAGCUCACCAAGUCUAAGAAGCCAACUGUGCAAUUUAUUCACGAAUCUGUUCGUGACUUCCUGGUGAAGGAUACUGGGCUUCGCGACAUCUGGUCAGGAAGUCUCCAUGAUCUGAGUGACUUGGAAAGCUUGUGUCAGGACCGCUUAAAGCGUUGCUGUGUGACUUACAUUGACACUGCUGUGACUAGUUCGUGGUACCACACACUGGAGUCGGAUGAAUUACCGAACGCGAAAUCGAAAGAGGCGAAGAGUUUACGGCAAGCCGUGAGCGCACGGUUCCCAUUCCUGGAAUAUGCAAGUCAGAGUGUGUUCUAUCAUGCAGAAGAAGCUGCGAACAACGUCCAGCAGAUCGACUUCCUAAACAACUUCACCCUCAAAACGUGGAUCAAUGCAUACGACGUCUUCGAGAUCCAUAGUAUCCGCAGGUACACACCUGGUGCAAGCAUACAAUACGUGCUCGCGGACCAAAACUGUCCACGACUGCUUCGAUGUUGCGCUCGCCAGGACGAUAUCUGGAGCGAUUCGAAUGAGCGAUACGGGUCGCCAAUGAUCGCUGCCUUG